AUGUAUCCAAACAACAUGGUGAACUCUGCAGCAUACAACAGCAACAAUGGUAACUGGACCCUCUUGCUGAUGGUGGCAUAUUUUAUUUACUUGUUACUUGGGGCUGGGGUAUUCCAGCUUCUGGAAAAACAUGCAGAAACACAGUCUCGGGAGCAAUUCAAGAUAGAAAAACUAAAUUUCCUGAAAAAUUACACCUGUUUAGAUGGACUGGCUGUGGAGAAGUUUGUGGAGCUGAUCAUGGAAGCCUGGCAGAGUGGGGUAAAUCCAGAAGGAAACUCCACAAGUCCUAGCAAUUGGGAUUUCAGUAGCUCCUUCUUCUUUGCAGGAACAGUUUGUACCACGAUAGGUUAUGGAAAUUUGUCACCCAGCACUUUUGGAGGACAGACAUUCUGCAUCUUUUAUGCUCUGUUUGGAGUACCUCUAAAUUUGGUCUUUUUGAAUCAGCUUGGAAAGGGACUCACUCUGCAUCUGAACAGACUGGAGAGAAGAGUAAAAAAUUCUGCCAGCCAUGAGCAGCAAGUGGGGAUUCUGACAAUGAUUUUCUUCAUGGUUGUUGGGACAUUUAUCUUCCUUGUAUUUCCUCCUGUCAUCUUAAGUUAUGUUGAAGGCUGGAGCUAUGGAGAAGCAUUUUAUUAUGCCUUUAUCACCCUGAGUACAAUUGGAUUUGGGGAUUAUGUAAUAGGAGUUAACCCAAACAAGCAAUAUAUAUCCAUGUACAGAAGCCUGGUAGGGUUGUGGAUAAUUUUUGGCCUUGCUUGGCUGGCUCUUCUGUUUAACUUGGGGGCUGAUGUAAUGGAGAGAUUUUUGCUUCUCAAACAACAAAGAAAUAGCUUGGACUUGAAACUUGAUGACCUCUCCAAUCAAUCUUCAAUGCAAUCUUCAGUGUAA